AACACAGGGAGAGCAUCAGAGCGAAACAAGAAAAGUAGUAAGACAUGGAAAGAAAAGAAGAAGACGAAGAAGAGAUAGUUUGCUUAGAUCAAUCUUUCUUCAUCAACGACGAUUACGAGCUGACUACAUUUACAUUUGGGUCUCAAGAUAUUCAGCUCUUUUGUCUCAAUUCUGCUUCCACCGAUUUUGAUUUGACCGGACAGUUGGUUUGGCCCGGCGCCAUGCUUUUGAAUGACUACCUUUCAAAGAAUGCCAAGUUGCUACAAGGAUGUUCUGUUAUAGAAUUAGGCUCUGGUGUUGGAAUUACUGGGAUACUUUGCAGUAGAUUUUGUCGUGAUGUUGUGUUAACAGACCAUAAUGAUGAAGUGCUAAAGAUAUUGAAGAAAAAUAUAGAGCUGCAUGCAUCUCCUGAAAAUCCAAAUUGUUGUGCUGGAUUAGUAGCUGAGAAGCUAGAAUGGGGAAAUUCUGAUCAGAUCAACCAAAUUCUAAAUAAGCAUUCAGGAGGGUUUGAUUUAGUUCUUGGAGCUGACAUUUGCUUUCAACAGUCCAGCAUUCCUUUGCUUUUUGACACAGUGAAGCAGCUUCUUCAAAUAAGGGGGAAAGGACAGUGCAAAUUCAUACUUGCCUACGUAUCCCGAUUUAAGAUCAUGGAUUCAUUGGUUAUUAGUGAAGGUACUCGGCUUGGGAUGCAAAUAACUGAAGUAGCUGGGACUCGAUGUGUUGUUAGAAAUCAUGAUGGAGUCAUCUUUGAGGUCACCCUUCAAGAGGAGCAUGAGAAACAUUCUGGUACACAAUUUUCACAGGCAAUGUGACCAUGUGAAGAUGGAGCAAAUGACAGAAACCCUUGCUUUUGAGGGCAGAGGAAUUCUGGAUGAGCCAUUAGUAAACCCUAGGCAAAAGCAGAGAAUUCAUAUUUUUAAUGAAAUUUGGCUUUAAAUGGCCAUUUGAGCUAA